AUGCCGGCCUUCCAGAUGAUUGCAAUACCACAAGCGAAGUGGCUAGACCAGAAAAUUGACAAAAUCCGCAGGCCCUUCCUUCGGGCCGGCAAGAAUUCUGUUUCAGGAGGAAAAUGCCUUGAUGAGUUCUGGAAGCUGCCCAAGCUCAGGACCUUAAUCCUUUCUGGCAACAAGCCGACUGGAGCAAUACCGGCGAGCUUGUCGAAUGUCACGACGCUCACUCGCAAUUACCUUCAAGGAACCAUUCCCAGGAACCUGUCUUCAAACCUCUACCGCUUGAGGCUUGGUGGUAACAAGCUCAAUGGGACCAUCCCGGACACUAUAGGUGAUGUCUUGGCCUUGGCUUAUCUUGAGUUGGAGAAUAAUCACUUGAUGGGAAACAUAUCUUCAGAGCUUGGAAAAUGCAGGGACCUGUCCUUGUUGAAUCUGGCAUCCAAUAAUUUUCAGGGUCAAGUGCCUGAUGCAAUCAGCACCCUUGACAAGCUGAUAGUUCUGAAGCUUCAAAUGAACAAUCUCAGGGGAUCUAUCCCAAGUACGUUUUCUGAUUUAACAAGCCUGGACACGUUGAAUCUUAGUCUGAAUUCAUUCACUGGAGAGAUACCAACGGGGAUUUUCAACCUUCCAAAGCUUUUCAGCUUGAAUUUUCAAGGGAACAACAUCAGCGGUGCCAUUCCAGUUUCAGUUAGUACAUCGCAGUCCCUAAUUGAACUCAAUCUGGCAAAUAAUUCCCUCACUGGCACCAUCCCAACAAUGCCGACCAGCUUGAGCAAAGCUCUCAAUCUUGGCCACAACCAUCUCACUGGAUCUAUUCCUUCAAACAUCGGUGUUCUGAAAGAUUUAGAGAUCCUCGACCUUUCGUACAACAACUUGUCUGGUCCGGUGCCAUCCUCACUUGACGGUCUGCAGAGCUUGACGCAGUUGGUGCUAUCUUAUAAUCAUCUUUCUGGGUCCCUUCCUGCAUUCCGUUCAAGCGUGACUGUCGAUAGCACCGGAAAUUCUGAUCUAACAGAUGGCGAGGAAAACAGUGAUGCAUCUCCUACUAGUGGUAAGACGAGCACACAAAUUGAUGAUGCUAUUGUUGGCUCGCUUUUCGGAUUGUGGUUCAUUACAAUUCUCUUGGCAAAGAGUGCCAAUUUCGUCUGGGCCAUGGCGGAGCCAGACGGCCGUGCGAGAGCAUGA